AUGGACGAGUGGCGCUGCCGGAGGCACCCGCCGCUGCCCGGCGGCGGCGUGUGCCCGCACUGCCUCCGCGACCGCCUCCUCCGCCUGUGCCCCGACUGCGCCUGCCCGCGGCCCUGCGCCUGCUCCCCUUCCUGCGCGUCGUCCCCUUCCUCCUCGUCCUCCGGCGCCAGCGCGCUCGGCCGGGUCCACAGCCUCAUUGAGCGGGAGCACCGGGUCGCGCGCUCGCGCUCCGUCGCCGCGCACGGAGCCGUCGGCGUCGGCGGCGACCAGCGGCGGCCCAAGUCCGGGGUGUGGGGCUGGGUGUCGUUCCGGAAGCCGCCGCCACCGCCAGCCGCGGCCGCGGGGUGCAGGGACGUGGAGCAGGAGUACGACGACGCGGUGGCAUUGGCGAGGUCGAGGUCGGUGUCAACGACAGCGGCGGCGGCGGCAGUCCCGGAGGUCAAGGGGGCGCCUAAUAAGGCGGCACGGUGGGGGAGGCUCAUCCCAGGGAAGAUCAAGGCGAUGCGGAGCCGGAAGCCCCGCCCCGCCGGCGAUUGGCGGGACAGCGUGAGAUGA